CACAGAUUCAUUCAUUGGACUUCCCAAGAUGGCGGAAGGUGGACCACCGGAUUGUGAGACUCAGAAGUCAGAAAUAGGCAAUUUACUGAAACUGACCCUUAAAAAAGGCGAAACUUGGUACCUGGUGGACAUCAAAUGGUUCAAGCAGUGGAAGAAGUUUGUGGGCUACGACAGCUGGGACUCCUGCAGUGUCGGGGAUGAAAGCACCAACCCAGGACCGGUAGACAACUCCGCUCUUCUUAAAGACAAUGGUCAGCUCAAGGAGCACCUCGUGGAUGACCUGGACUACACGCUGUUCCCAGCCGAGGCCUGGAACAAGCUGCUGUCCUGGUAUGGCAUCGUCGAGGGACAGGACCCCGUCAGUAGGUGUGUUAUUGAGGACGGAAUGUAUCUGAAACAGCUAAAGGUGGAGGUAUACCUCUACAAUGUAGUUCUCAGCCGCUAUGGCCCACAAAGUAAAGAACAAUCACUGACAAGAGAUGUCAGUCGAGCAGCCACCAUAGCUGAGCUGGAGAAGAUGAUGAGGCAGGAGUUCAGCAUCUCGGAGGACAAGGAGGUGAGGCUGUGGAACCGGUACAUGAGCUCCACCUACGAGCACCUCAACAAGCCCGACAACACGCUGCAGGAUGCGGGACUCUACCAGGGACAGGUGAUUGUUAUUGAGGAGAAGAAUGAAGAUGGUACCUGGCCACGACAAGCAAAAAGCACAAGUAGCUACAACUCCACCGGCUCCUAUGAACGCUCGUCCUACACAACCAGAUCGGGUGGCGGCUAUGGCGGUGGUUCCGGUAACUACGAGUCAGGCUACAGUUACGGCAGCUAUGACUCUGGCUACAGUAAAGGCAGCGGCGCCGCCAACCCUGGACUGUGUGGACUGGCCAACCUCGGCAACACCUGCUUCAUGAACUCUGCCCUGCAGUGUAUGAGCAACGUGCCCCAGCUGACGGACCAUAUGAUGGAUGACAAGAAGUGGGAGAAGGAGCUGAACGAGGACAACCCGCUCGGCAACAAGGGGGAGAUCGCAAAGUCCUACGCUGAGCUCAUCAAGACGAUGUGGUCAGGAAGGUACAGCUACACGGUACCCAGGAACUUCAAGGUGGCAGUGGGCCGGUUCGCACCCCAGUUUUCUGGCUACCAACAGCAGGACUCGCAGGAACUGAUGGCAUUCCUGCUGGACGGGCUGCACGAAGACAUGAACCGGAUUCGGAAGAAGCCCUACGUGGAGCUGAAGGAUGACGACGGACGGCCAGACUCGAUGGUGGCAGCAGAGGCGUGGGACAAUUACCGUAAAAGGAAUGAUUCAAUCAUUGUCGACAUAUUUCACGGACUUCUCAAAUCCACUGUGCAGUGUCCUGAGUGUUCCAAAAUCUCUGUGACCUUUGACCCGUUCUGUUACCUCUCUCUGCCCCUCCCCAUCAAGAAAGAACGCCAGAUGGAAGUGUUCUGGGUGCCCCUCGCCCCCAAGGCGAAGCCCGUGCAGUUCAAACUGACCGUUCCUAAGAUGGGUAUUGUUGGAGACAUCUGCAAGGCGUUGUCCUCAUUUGUAGGUGUGCCAUCAGAAAAGAUGGUAGUCACAGACGUGUAUAACCACAGAUUUCACCGAGUCUUUGCCCUCGAGGAAGGCCUCAACCACAUCCUAGAUAGAGACGAUAUAUUUGUAUAUGAGGUGCCAGUGAAUACUGCUGAGGAUCCCAACACACUCAUCGUCCCCAUCUAUCUCCGGGAGAAACGGUCGUCGGGCAAGGACGCCUACGUGUCCAGUAACCAGCUGUUUGGUCAGCCCCUCCUCCUGCCAGUACCCAAGGGGACCUGUAGCUAUGAAGAACUCUACAACCUGCUCCUGCAAAGAAUGUCACGAUACGUGAAGUCUCCGAAGCCGAGCGAGCAGUGGUGGGUGAAGCUGAAGAAGAGAGAGGAGCAGGAGGAUGAGAAGGACGACAAAGGGGACAUGGCAGGGGAAGUGGGAGACAACGCAUCCAACAAUGCUGACGAGAAGGAGCCUUUGGAGAAUGAUGAGCACGUAGUUAAUGGGGAGGUGAGCAGUAUGGACACCAAUGUGUCUGAUGAUGAGUUGGAGACGGAUCGGGCUGCGGAGAAGAUGGGAGAAGAUGAGGAAGUGGAGGAGGAGGAAGAAGGACCCAAGCGGCUGUUCACCUUCUCCCAAGUCAACUCGUAUGGCAGCAGCGAGCUGGAUGGCAAACUGCUGGACGACGGUCGGCCGCUCAAACUAACGUCCAAAACAUACAUUGCUUUGGACUGGGAUCCUCUGGCGAAAGAAAAGUUUUAUAUUGAGAAAGAUGCUGAGGAUUUUGAGCAGCAUGACACUAUCCGGUACCGGAAUGUGCCCAAGAGACAGGCAAUCCAGCUCAAUGACUGCCUCAAGAUCUUCACAGACGCCGAGAAACUCAGCGAACAUGACCCAUGGUACUGCCCGUCAUGUAAGCGCCACCAACAAGCCACAAAGAAGUUUGACCUGUGGUCACUGCCAAAUGUGCUCAUCAUACAUCUGAAGAGGUUCUCCUACAACAGAUACUGGAGGGACAAGAUUGAUGCUCUGGUCGAGUUCCCCACAGAAGGUCUGGAUUUGAGGAAGUACAUCAUCAACGCUGACCAUGGCCGUGCCGUGUACGACCUCAUCGCUGUCUCAAACCACUACGGAGGACUAGGGGGUGGACACUACACGGCGUUUGCGAAGAACAAAGAGGAGAACGAGUGGCAUUACUUCGACGACUCCAGCGUCAGUCAGUCCAGUGAAGAGGCUGUUGUGACAAAAGCUGCGUAUGUGUUGGUGUAUCAGAAGCGAGAACAAAAAAUGCCCCCGCCGCCUGUGCCUGCAAAAACCAAAUCGGCCACUGUGACAACGGCUACAGCAAGCUCUGCCGCCGAGGCAGAGACAUCGUGUUGCACCAACGGACUCGAAUCCCCAGACAAUGCUCAUUGCAAUGACAUCGAGAUGGAUACGUCAACAUGAUACCCUCCUAGCAUAGAUGAUUGUAACUAAUUGAACAUGCCUCUCUGGUACAACCUACUCUCACCACAGCUUCCUCCCAGUGUAGAGGAGGCCAAACUACAGGGCAAGAACUAAACACAAACACUAGAGGAAGGUACCGCGAUGGUAACGCUGCUUCAGAAACCCUACAUUUCUUUAAAACAAGAUAGAAUAGACCUGCUGACAAGCUUCGACAAGGAUAUAUGGUAGAGUGAUAGAUGGAGCAUCUCUCUGAGUGGUGCGCUGUUCCAGGAGAGGGCGUUGGCCCUUUGCUGGAACCACAUCCCAAGGAACUAUUCACGAAGUUGCAUCUGAAUGAUCUGGAUUUCUUAUGAAGAUUUCGUGUUCAACAGAUAUUUCCUUUGCCUCUGUGUGAGAUAUUUUAGCAGGCUAAGAAUCUGGGAUGUGGAAGUGCUGUCAUUCUGUGUCAAAUACCGCACUUCUUUCAUGUUAUUGUCUCUGUGUAGGGCAUCCAGUUGUUUAAUGAUAGCUGCAUGAUGGCAUAACUGUGUGUUAUAGACAAGGAUUGUUACAAGUUUGAACAGAGGACGAAAAUUGGAGUCUCUUUAUUCUGUGAAGUAAAUCUCAAACCAAACCUAUUCAAACCAGACGCUUUCAAAUAAGCUCUUCUUUUGUGUUUUGGACCGCCCUUAUUGAGAAGCAGUCUUUAAGAAGUGUUGUGUGUUUGAACUGCAACUCCUUGUCAUUCUUUCUGUACUGGCGUCACGAAGUGCAUGCUUCCACGAUGAUUGUGGCGACGGGUUGUCGUUCAUGUGGAACGAUACCCCAAGGUCAAGGUCAACUGAUGAUUGACACAUGUACAUAGCAGGUGUGUGAGAGUGACAGUGUCUACAAAUUACACGUGAUAUCGACAAUGGUGCGCAGGGCGACGGGAGGGUUCUCCCGAUGGCCGUUGUGCUGCUGUGCCGUAUUUAAGCAGUAGUUCUGUAUAUACCUGUAUAGUUGUCUCCCUGGUAAAUAUCCUGUGUGAAUGUCGAGAGUGGCAAUUAUUUAUUGUUUAUUUGAACAACAUAAAUAUGUUUUUAUACAGUGGAGUUUUCUUAUAACAGUGACCGUAUGCGUCUUGUCGUGUCGAAUAUAUUUGUUGAUUUCUUGCACUAGCACUCUGAUGAUCGGAAUGAAUUAGAGUGCUAGCGAUAACUUAUUUUCUUAUUUGUACCUUCAAGAUCCCCUUCUGAGUAAUAUUAUAGAAGACAACCAUCCCUAUUUAUCGAUACUAUUCAUUCAAAUUGGUGGAAAUAGAUUAAGCUUUUCUUAACGUGUCUUACUCCUGUCAUACUGUUAGUCAACAAAGAAGCUUUGUUUCUUUUGUAAGCGUAACAUUUAAGUAACAAGCAAAAUCUGUUAAAAGGUUCAAUAUUUCUUUUAAUAAAUUUAAAUAAUUUAGUUCCAAUAAAUAUUUAAAAACAUGAAAUAUUUCUCCCAAUAUUUGUGAUGAUUUUAACUCACAACUAUUUAUCACACAUUGUCUGGGGCAAUAUGAUUGUCUGUUCAUUUCGCUGUCUUGUAUAUUCACGUCACCAUGACGACACAGAUUACCUUCAUAAUAUUUUGUUAUAAUAUAAACCUAAUUAUGUAUGUGUGUGUCCCAAGUCUGUAUGACAACACUGCCUAUGCCACAGUUCUGUCACACAGGGAACACCAAAGUCGGUCUACUAAACCACUAUUCCACUAAAAUUGAAGACACUCGGUUCACAAUUUUAUACUGAUAUUGUUUUCCAUUUUGGGGAUUGAACAGAAAAGGGAAAGUUUGGUUCGGGUCACUUUUAAAGUGUUAAAAUGUUUUGAAAGGUAUGUCUUAAUCAUGUUAAUAGAUGUUUUUGACGAUCUCAGUAUAAAAAUAAUUGAUGUAUUCAGAGAAAUUGAUAUUUUUGAGGAAAUUGCCAAGGUUUCUGUUGAGAGUCUAGUACUGGUAUUCACUUGUUUAGUCCUUGUUCUUGUGAUGGUCAGGGAAGCAACAUUAUUGCAUAGUCCAGUGAUGCUUAGCUUAUCUAGCGGCUGAAUCUUAUUUCUAGAUAAGUCAAAGACAUGGGUGCCAUUGUACAAAACAACCAUAGCUCUACACCUGUCGUAAGUCAAUGUUAAGGUGUGGUAGUUACGAUCACCUUAGUGCUAAGAUCGCUUUGAACAACAGCACUCUGACAUUUAGUUGCUGAUGAUGGUCUCUGACAUCUAAUCAAUGAAGUAGAUUACCUUUCAGAAAGAAGAUUUCUGCUGUACUACAGCGGCCAUAUAAAGCUUACAGAAUAUACUAGUAUAUGCAUGUUCUGUGAACAUGCGAGUAUACAAACCUUCAGCUAUUUAACACUUUGAAUGUAUAUUCUGUAGUCCAGUCAUGUUUGGACUUUCAUUGUAAAGAGAUGACACUCUCUGGCUUGCAUAAAAAUAUUUGCUGGUGCUAUUGAUAAAGAUAUUCAGUGAUAGACACCUACAUUUCCAUGAAUAUUUUAAAUACAAGAUAACAUUAACCUGGGAUUAAAAGUUGUAGUUUGAAACAAUGUUUAAAAUUACAUCUACAUUUAAUAAAUUUUAAAUAUCUGGUAUAGUUUUGCGUGGUAAUAAGAUUUGUUCAUGUUGACGUCGGUGAAUAAGCUUUCCUUGACUUUUUCACAAAAACACUUGACAAAUUAACCUGCAGAUGCAACCAAAUCUUUCCCGUGUGUCAUUUGUAGAUAUUCCUUUUAUAAUCAUAUUUGAUAUUUUAGCUGACAUUGCUUGGCUUUUAAAGUAUAAAUAACCAGGUACUCUUUGACUGCAGUUACUCAACGCUCAAAUGUACAUGCUUUAAGAAUUUGUUACUGACUGCAGUGAUGGGUGGACUGAUAGAAGCUUUUACAACUGUAAAAAGGUGCAGAUCUCAAAGAAAGAUAGGAAUAAAAUUACAAAUGGGAAUGAUAAUUAUCUUGCACAUCCUCAAAUUCCAGAAAUUAACCAGGUAUUUGUUGGUCAGCUGGAUAUGGGAGUUUGUGGGAGUUGCUCUUUCACUCUGAAGUGUUUCACAAGUGCUGUGUGAUUCGAAAUCCUCUACUAUUGCGUUUGGAGCGUGUUUGUAAUGGUAGUUGUCAGGCUUUGCAUGCCAAUAGGGCAUCCCUCUACCUUUCCGUCUUGUUUUCGUCAAGACAGCUUAUUCGAUUGUAGGGUUGAAGUAUGAAGACGAAAAACAUUUUUAUCAGAUACUUUCCGCCAUUUUGGUAACCAUCUUAAUAGGUCAUUAAUUUUCAGAGCCCAUUUGUAGCCACCUCAUUAAAAUUACAUGGAAUUAGGUCUUGCUCCCCACUGGCUUCUAAUAAAUUAUUUCCAAAAUAAAUAUGUUACCACAGUAAGACUACUAAUAUACAGGAAUAGUGAAACAGGUUUCCCCGCGCCAUAUGAAACUUGUAUUUUCAAGUCAAUUUAAUGUUGUUGGGGGCGGUCAGGUAGCCUAGUGGUUAAAGCGUUCGCUCGUCACGCUGAAGACCCGGGUUCAAUUCCCGACAUGGGUACAAUGUGUGAAGCCCAUUUCUGGUGUCCCCCGCCGUGAUAUUGCUGGAAUAUUGCUAAAAGCGGCGUAAAACCAUACUCACUCACUCACUCACUAUUGCUCAGGAUCGAGGUCUAAUCCAAUUAAACCUUCCACAUUCAUGCAGGAAAAUUGUUCUGCUAAGUUUUUGCUUAAUCCCCUAUUUUUUCCUAUAUUUGAUCGUUUGCGGCUACAUUCACAGCAUCAAACAUGGCGGAUAGGUAUCUGGUAAAGUGCAUGUGUACUCUAUUCAAGGAUCUUCCACUGUUGCUCUAACUGAAGAGCGUUCAUUUCAUUCGUAAAACUUUUUAAAAGUGAGAUGUCAUCUACAACAGAGGAACACAUUACCAUUAAAAAACUGCUUUUGUCAAGAGAACCUGCCAGUGCCGUGGUGACAUCGUUUGAGGGCCUCGUAUGGUCCUCUACAAGGGCCUCGUAUGGUCCUCUACAAGGGCCUCGUAUGGUCCUCUACAAGGGCCUCGUAUGUCCUCUACAAGGGCCUCGUAUGGUCCUCUACAAGGGCCUCGUAUGUCCUCUACAAGGGCCUCGUAUGUCCUCUACAAGGGUCUCGUAUGGUCGUCUACAAGGGCCUCGUAUGUCCUCUACAAGGGCCUCGUAUGUCCUCUACAAGGGUCUCGUAUGUCCUCUACAAGGGUCUCGUAUGUCCUCUACAAGGGCCUGCUUGGUACAUCAUAAAGCAUCAUCCCACCAAUGGUGUAUCGACUUGUUCCCCGAUUGUAUUUUUGUAAGGGAUAGAUGAAUACACCAAAUUGUUUUUAAAACCAGUGUGUGUAUUGUGGAAUUGUUGAUAGCCUUGGACUGUUUCUCUGGCAACUUUCACAUGCAAAUGUCACCUUAUUAUCUCCAUGUAUGAUUUCUAGAAAUAAUAAAUCUGUUCUAUGUA